GGGAGGCGCUUGUAUACGUAGCUGUAGGAAUAAAGAGAGGGAGACAAGGUGCUUAAGCUAAAUUUAUCUCGCCAGCGUCACUGGUGAGACUCGAGUGGAUACAUUUGUUAUUAGGCCGACUACUGUAGUUUUUUUGUUCUAAACGGUUUGUGGAUAAACGGUAGAUACCAGCGUUAGCUGGCCUGGAUCAUUUGAAAUAAUCGUCCCAAUUCCGUGCGGGAAGGAUGCUGGUUUAUUCCUGCACGUCUGUGUGUGACUGACCGGUUGUACAUUUGACACCGCAAAACAAGCUGUCACACAGAAGUCCAGAGUAAAUGGAAAGCUCUCAUUCUGUUGAUAUGCAAACAGUGCAGCGACGGUUGAUUCAUUUCCGCUUUUGAGGGAAAUCAACAUUACCGUGGUAACGAGUAUUACGAAGAAAAACAGACAGUACACUGAGUAGGUUAUUUUCACAUUUAAAAAAAAUCCACGACUAGCUUGCGCUACAUCAGCAAAUUUGCUUUGUCAGUGCCUUGCGGGCGAUUAUAUUCAUUCAGCAAUAACUAUGGAACAAAACUAGAUAAAAUCGGUUAGUUUUCGUUUUCUAAAACAACGGAAACAGCGCCUUCUGCUUUUGCUGUAAUUUUUUGUCGAACUAUUGUUUCGUCGACCACGCGAUGAGUGUACUCGCGCAUCGUUCUUUUUAUCAAGGUAAGAUUUAUCAUACUAUGAUAACAUAUUGCUAUUUUAGUGUUUAGCUUUUUCGUGUUACUCAUAUUUUAGCUACCAACUGUUCACUGUUACCUCAGGUACGGUCGGUGCGGAACGCGGUUCAGCAAGCCCACUGUGUUAAAAUAUUAAUACUGCACUGUUGCAUUCGUUUCUAAUAAUAUAACCAUAAUCUAAAUACAGGUUACUCCUAAAACGUGCAGGCAUCGUUUUGACCUUAGUGGUGCCUUUGUUUCUUCGGAAACAUCCGUGAAACGCCUAUGCUGCAAUCAGCCAAUAGCUGCCUUCCGAAACCCCGCUUGAUAAACCACUUCGAGAUCCCACCUUGGCCAGCUGUGGUAUACCCCUGACUGGGGAAAGGGUCACGUGUUUACAUUUUUUUCCGCCAACAACCCAAUUAAACUGCCUAACUUCGUUUUACUCAAAGGCGUUCUGCAAGCUAACUUUGUGCUCAUUGGUGAAUAACACAUCCAACAUCAUUGAAGUCCAUUUUGCAGUUGGUCAUGAAUGGACCGAUGUAAUCGAAACUACACGGAGAAUGCGCUUAGGGGCGACGUUGCUUGCUUUUGACACAAUUUGUACAGACCGUCACAGCUUCGUGCCGUCCACCGCUCCAAAGCGGCCACAGAGCUGGUCCAGCUCGGGACUUUGCAGCGUCUAGCUCGGCACUGCGCUUGACGUCAUCGUUCUCAAGACCUGGCGCGACUGAACUAGCCAGAUGUCGGACGGUCCAAGACAGAGGGGGAAGGCAACUGCGGUGGACGGGGAUGGCGAGUCCGACUGCAACAAGGGCACGGAAAGCUCCGGGGUGGCUCUGAAGAAAGAGAUCGGUCUCGUGAGCGCCUGUGGCAUUAUAGUUGGUAACAUCAUUGGGUCGGGGAUCUUCGUGAGCCCGAAGGGGGUUCUGGAGUACGCCAGCUCGGUGGGCCUGGCGCUGAUUGUGUGGAUCGUCACGGGGGUCAUCACCGCCAUCGGGGCGCUGUGCUACGCCGAGCUCGGGGUCACCAUCCCCAAAUCUGGAGGGGACUACUCCUACGUCAAGGACAUCUUCGGUGGACUGGCGGGGUUUUUGCGUCUCUGGAUCGCCGUGCUCGUGAUCUACCCAACCAAUCAGGCAGUGAUCGCGCUGACCUUCUCCAACUAUGUCCUGCAGCCGCUGUUCCCCACCUGCCUCCCUCCUGACGGCGGGCUCCGCCUGCUGGCUGCUGUCUGCCUGCUGCUGUUGACCUGGGUGAACUGCUCCAGUGUGCGGUGGGCCACGAGGGUGCAGGACGUCUUCACGGCCGGAAAGCUGCUGGCUCUGGCGCUCAUCAUCGUCAUGGGCAUUGUGCAGGUCUGCAAAGGCCAGUAUUACUGGCUGGAGCCGGCCCACGCGUUUGAGAGUUUCCAGGAGUACGACGUGGGGAUGGUCGCCCUGGCCUUCCUCCAGGGAUCCUUCGCCUACGGCGGCUGGAACUUCCUGAACUACGUCACCGAGGAGCUGGUCGACCCUCACGUUAAUCUUCCUCGGGCCAUCUUCAUCUCCAUCCCGCUGGUGACCUUUGUGUACGUCUUCGCCAACAUCGCCUACGUCACUGCAAUGAGCCCCCAGGAGCUGCUGGCCUCCAACGCCGUCGCUGUGGUGAGGGGAGGGGAGGGGAGGGGGGGGGACCAGGAGGUGAAGAUCUUGACUGAAAAUCCUGUAGUGUGUGUUGGCCAUGAGGUGACUGAGUGUUUAAUCUCUCCCUCUCCGACGUUCGGGGAGAAGUUGCUGGGGGGGUGUGGCGUGAUCAUGCCCAUCUCUGUCGCUCUCUCAACUUUCGGAGGGGUCAACGGCUCCCUGUUCACCUCGUCCCGGUUGUUUUUUGCAGGUGCCAGAGAGGGUCACCUCCCCAGCCUCUUGGCGAUGAUCCAUGUCAAACGCUGCACCCCAAUCCCAGCCCUGCUCUUCACAUGCUUGUCCACCCUCCUCAUGCUGUGCACCAGUGAUAUUUACACCCUCAUCAACUACGUGGGCUUCAUCAACUACCUCUUCUAUGGAGUCACUGUCGCCGGGCAGAUCGUGCUGCGCAUCAGACAGCCCGAAAUGCAUCGGCCAAUCAAGGUGAGCCUGCUCUGGCCGGUGGUGUACCUGCUGUUCUGGGCCUUCCUGCUGGUCUUCUCUCUGUACUCUGACCCGGUGGUGUGCGGCAUCGGCCUGGCCAUCAUGCUGACCGGCGUGCCCGUCUACUUCCUGGGCGUGCGCUGGGACAACAAGCCGCAAUGCUUCAACGCCUUCAUCGAUAAGAUGACGUAUGUGGGGCAGAAGUUCUGUGUGGUGGUGUAUCCGGAGGGGUCUAAGGCCAGGGAGGGAGAGAGGGAAGGAGAGAAGGAUGGAAAGAAGGAGGAGCGAUCCCUUCUUGCAGAGGAGGAUGGUGGAGCAGCAGGAUGCUGAACUGAGAGAGAAUGUCACAUACACGUACACACACGCGCACACGCAUGCAUAUACACAUGCACUCUUAUAAUUGAUUUAUUGCUGCCAUCUACUGGCUGAUGUGGGAAAAGCGCUUUUAAUGAUAGGAGACCUCUGCAGGGUAGAGGAGACUGCACUGAAUUUCUCUUAAUGCAGGCAGGCGCAUCGAUGGACACACGCUCACAGGUCAAGACUCUCAAAUUAGUCUGAUCACCGAGGUAGCAUAUCCCAGCUGUGUGGUGGAAGCAGAGCCUAUGUCCGCUGCGUCUCCUGCCCCAUUUCAGGGUAUUAAUCCCCCUUCCCCUGCCCCACACACCACACACACCCCCACCCCUGUCCCAACCCACCCUGAAGAGAAUCUAACCCAGUCACAGACUGCCAGCAUAGUUUUUACCUCCUCAAAUUAGAUCUAAUUUUAUUAUGUGUUUUAGCUUCAGAUCCUCUGUUUUCUUUUUUUACCAUGUGAUAUUCCAAACAACCCCCCCCCCCACCCCACCCCACCCAAGGGGAAGAUGUACACUGCCCUCACAGUUGUUUUUAUUAUAAUUAUUUUUCUUUUUUUUUUAAUGUUAUUUUAAAGUAAUAAUUGUUUUAUUGUGAACCAUUGUGAACACAAGGGUCUAACUUUAUGUUCAGAUUAUAGGAGGCAGAGGUAUGAGACAGUAUGGAUGUUGUUUAGCUGAAAUCUUUCUGGAUGUUAUCUAAUGUAGGUCUGGCUUGUUUUGUUUUUUUAAAUUGCCUUAAUGAUAAUGUCAGUGGCACUGUUGUAAUGACUGUAUCAGAAUAUUUAUUCUUUUUUUUUUUUUUUUGAGGAGAUCAGUGGUAUUGAGUCGCAGGUCAGGCACCUACUUUUGACAGGGAAUCGAAAGAUGCAAAACCAAAAUCUGAUGCCACCCAACACCCAAAAAACACCAACCAGUCGAUCAGCUGACAGACAGACAGCCAUACAGACAGUCUUGCAGGGAGACUGAUGUCUGCACUGGGAAAAUUUGAGGAGUGUGUGUGCAGCAGUAACUUCAUCCCAGAUAUCUGAACGAGGGAGAGAAAGAGAGAAAGAUACAGCACUCAUUUCCUCACACACUCCGAUUCUUCCAGCACACUUACAGCUGUCCAUAAAGCUCAGCUCAGGCCAAACCCCUGACCUUUGACCCUCGGUAUUGUCGGAUUGUCAGGGCACUGAUGACUUUGU